GGGACAAACCCGGCCUAAUCAAGGGGUGCACGUCAGUAGGGCACGUUUCAACGCAAGACAUGGCGAGGCAAGGGAGUGCUGGUCGCGGCAAUCGUGGGGCUUUACUCCUCGGAAAGAAAUGCCACUUGCCAGGGAAGAGAACGCGGGUGUAGGGCUCGGUCAGAGUAACCAGCAAUGGUGGGGAGGGGCGCGGACAUCCCGUGGAGGACGGAUAUGCCACUUCCUGCUGCAAACAGCCCGCCAAAUCUCGAUCGCAUAUAAGAGCCGCGCGGAAACCAGUCGAGCUAAUUAGUGUACCGCAUCCACACGCUGGCCGCUCUGCGCAGAAGCUUCCACACCAUCAUGAACACGACCUUGUGCGCCGCUCUGCUCUUCCUCGGCUUCAUUGCAUUGGCCGAGUCGAUGCCCUCCUGUCCAGACUGCGUCGAGGUCGACUGCUCCGAGGAAGAAGACUGCGCCUACGGAGUCACGAGCGACAUGUGCGGCUGCUGCAGGGUCUGCGCCAGCGGACCUGGCGAAGAGUGCGGUGGCUACUGGAAUCACGGAGGUACCUGCGCCGAAGGACUCACCUGCAAACCCAACCUGAUGUUUCCCCAACUACCCGGACAGUGCGUGUACAAUAAGUGAACACCCAAGUCAUGCCCAACGCAGCGACGAGAUUCCAGCACGCGCAAGACACAGUGCGGUGGACAUUGUUUGUAAUGUUACAUGUGACAAAGACGACAUUGCACGACGUUACGCCACCACAUUACAUUUCUCAAGACGCAAAAUGGAGUAUAGUUACUGUAGGGAUCUGUAUGCGGUUGUUCACCACUCAGACACUUUUCUGACAGUACAGCUAAGGCAAAUAAUUCCACAAUACGUUCUGCUUUACCGAAACAGAGGGGAAGAAAACCACAGUUCAUCAACCAUACGCGAUAUAUUCAUGCUUUGCACCAACAGUCGUCACGGGAAGAGGUCGUUUUAUGCAUGUGGGAGCGCAACAAAUUUCUGCUCUGUGAGCAUUAUACACGUGUUUAACUUCGUUUGCCCUUACUCUAAACAGUACCUUGCAUGCUAGUCUGACACCUUUGCCCUUAAACAGUAUUUUGCAUGCUAGUUCGACUUCGACAGCACGUUAACGCUUUCCCGCCUAUGUAUGGUUCAGCGUUGAUUGCAGCUACAGGACCAAUUACACAGCCUGCCGUGUAAGUGUUCGGGACGGUGAAGCUGCGAACAGCUGAAAUUGCUCGCAUUCUAUGAGCCUGCAGGCAGAAAUUGAGGCACACAAUCUUCCCCAAUGUUUGCGUCGUGCAUUUUUCUACUUAUUUAUUUUCACCUUUAUCUUUCUACUUCUCUGUGCAGGCCGCAGAGUUUCAUUUUCUUUUUGGCUACGAUGAUCAGAAAACCUUUUAGGCCAGUGCUGUCAAAUAUUCAAACCUUGACAUGAGGCAGCUUUAAGGUUCUGAUGGCGAUGAGACGCCCCAGCCCGCUCAAGCACGUGGGCAUAAAGGGGUAAGCUUGGAAAAUACGCACACGACGCCAAUAAAAAAUUUAGCAAAUUUCAUGCGGUCUAUCAGCCAUUGUCAUAACGAAGCUGUGACAAAGACUCAAAACAGCGGCUGCACUAGUAAUCGGCUCGGUGUACGUGCUACGUACAAACUUGGCGUCAGGUGGUAGCUGCCGCCAUCUUAGUUGAGGUCAACAAAUGCAUAACGCCCUGGUGCAAUGUGAAAUGCUGUCUGCAGAUUGGCUGUAGCACACGUCCUCAAUCUUUCUGUAUGACAGCCCCAAGAUGAGGGCACCCAGAGCUCCAAACCUAAAACGAUCUGUUGCUGCACUCGGUGUUACAAUUUUUCGUGGCGAUCGGGCUAAGUUAUGAUGAUCCAUUCAAGGUCGACCAUUUAAAAUUUUUUUUUUCCGAAUGGCAAUUACUUGCAACGUGGUAUGACAAAAGCCUGCGCGCUAAGUUAAUGCUAAAACAGAGUGAAACACAACAGCAAUCAUGUUUCAUACUUAAUUUAUUACACAUCGUUUCAGCCCAUCAUAUUUUAAGGCUUAUUUAUGUGUAAAUAUACAAUUACUUGCCUGAGAAUGACAGAUGUACGCCAGACACUGACACAUUAUCACUAGAAUUACUUCACAGUUCACUUCAAAAGCACAGGACGCGGCCGAGCUUGCAAAAAGUAAUCGCGUUUUUCCAUGCUACUAGCUAUACUGUGCGCAUCAGAUGGGGCAUUGGGUAUACAUAUUGGCCCCAUUGUGCAUGCUAACUCUCUUAUGUACUCUUCUAUGCAUAUAUGUAUGUAACUUUACAUAUGUAAGUGUGGCCUGAACUUGAAUAAAGCCCUGAAUAAGUUAA